AUGAAAAGAGUAUCUGUAGUUGAAAGAGCCCUUGAAGACAUCGGCUGGGGAAGCUACCAAAACACUCUUUUCUUUAACUGCUGCUGCGUAAACUUCAUUUAGGGCUGGCUUGUAGCUACCAUGUGGAACACUACAGUUGCAAAUGUGAUGGCUGAACUAAGCGAUAUCACAGUUUAUGAGCAUACAAUCUUGGGCAUCUCAACCAGCUUUGGCUCAGCUGUAGGCUCAAUAUUCUUUUCGGCGCUGAGUGACCGCUAUGGAAGAGCUUAUAUUUUUAAGAAAAUUAUAAUAGUUACCACAAUUUCAGCCUUGCUUUUGAUCUGCUCAAUGAAUUAUGUAAUGGUCUUAAUCGCUGUCUUUUUUAUUGGUCUGGGCACUGGCGGUGAUAUCAUUUGUGCGCCAACUAUGAUUAUAGAGAGUGUCCCUCCUAGCAAGAAAGGAAGAAUUGCCCUUAUGAAUAUGGGAUAUUGCCUUGGACCUCUAUUAACUCAAUUGGUUUCCAUUCUUUUGACGCUAUACUGGGAUGAAUCAAUCAUGGAGAGGUGGAGAAUUAUGGCAAUUAUUAUUUUUAUCAUUACUCUUAUAGUCUUAGUCAUCAGACAAUUUAUCCUUGAAAGCCCAAUUUUCUUAUACGGAAACAGGAACACAGAGUUUGUUUCAGUCAUGGUCGGAAUCGCCAAAGAAAACAAAAGGUUCAGCUUUGCUAUCCGUGCCCCUCUACUUGUGUCAGAAAACGACGAAGAGCAAUACAAAGUAGUCCCUCAUCUGCCGUUUGGAAACAUAUUUAAAUCUCCUUAUACUCGAGCUACAAUAUUCCUGACAAUUUCAAUCAGCCUUUUCAAUUUUUGCUAUAAUGGAAUCUUGCUUUUCUUGCCUAAGUUUUUGCAAGUUGAUGAUAUGGGAGAAAGAUACAUGGUUUUAGGAAUUCAACAAGUCAGUGGGAUUUGUGGAUUAGUAGUUGCUAUGUAUAUGGUUGAUAGCAAACUUGGGAGAAGAUGGACGCUAGCUUUAGGGUUCAUUGUGUCUGGAAUUCUCCUGCUGAUUUUUAUGCUUUCUACGAACUUCCAGUUUGUAAGGGCUAUUUAGGUUGUUUUAUUGGGAGCUGCAUAUUAUUUUGCAAUGCUUAUAGGGAUUGCAGGGAAAAACCUAAUUGGGCCUGAAAGUUAUGGGCCGCAGGUUAGAGGAGCUGGGCUUGGAUUUGUGUAUACAGUUGCAAGAGUUGCAGCAGUUAUUUCACCUGCAAUUGCAGGGUAUUUAAUGGAUAUUUCUAACAACAACCAUUUGCUACCGUUAUCAGUUUAUGCAGUAGCAAUGAUUUUAUGUGGAAUAGCUGGCGCGUUUUUGAAAGAUACAAAGCCAAUUCUAAAUAAAACAACCUAA